GGUCUUUUCGCGGUGCCGCCGCCUGAGUAGGGUGAGUGCCGGCGGGCUGUGGCCGUGCGGGCUGUCUGCGGCCCUGCUCCCGGCAGCGCUAACGUCUGCCUCCCUCUCUUUUGCAGGAGCAGUCAUGCCGGCCAAGGGUCCCCUGCAGAGCGUCCAGGUCUUCGGGCGGAAGAAAACAGCGACUGCUGUUGCCCACUGCAAAAGAGGGAAUGGCCUCAUUAAAGUGAAUGGAAGACCUCUGGAAAUGAUUGAGCCUAGGACUUUGCAGUACAAACUGCUUGAACCUGUCCUCCUGCUGGGGAAGGAGAGAUUUGCUGGUGUUGACAUCAGAGUCCGUGUGAAAGGUGGUGGCCACGUAGCGCAAAUCUACGCUAUCCGUCAAGCUAUUUCCAAAGCAUUGGUGGCUUACUAUCAAAAAUAUGUUGAUGAAGCUUCCAAAAAAGAGAUCAAGGAUAUCCUAAUCCAGUACGACAGGACUCUGCUGGUUGCAGAUCCUCGCCGUUGUGAAUCCAAGAAAUUUGGAGGACCUGGUGCUCGUGCACGCUACCAGAAGUCUUACCGUUAAAAUUGUUCACCAGUCAUGUGACAGUCAAUAAACAUAAAGAGAAUUUGAUAAA